AUGGCUGUCUGGGACAAGAAGGAAGGCCUGAGCCCGCAGCAGCACCAGCAGCAGGCGGCGCCGGCCUAUCGGUUGCCUUCGGCGUCAGACGCGGUCGCGAUCCCUGAGGCUCAGCAGCCACCGUCAGUGGGCGUAGACGCGGAGGAGACCAAGCCCUCGGCAGCCGUAAGUAUGCCUUGCGAGGGGGAUAGCAAGCAGGAGCUCGACGCGAGUCCUCGCCGAACGGUUCGUUUCCCGCAUCAACCGAUCUCGGCCAUCUGGGUAGCGGACUCCGUCCUUGACUACAACCGGAGGAGCAUCGUCGUCGACCUCAGCAAGACGCCGUUCGCCCUCUUCCGGAGGGAUGCAGUCAUGAUGAAGCAGGCCAGGACCUCGGUCGAUCCCUCGGCGCCGCUCCCCCCGCCCGGCCCUCCAGCGCUCUCUCCUCCCCAAGUAAGCGCCGCCGCCGCCGCUUGCCCUGCCCCUUUUCCGGCUCCCCCUGGAAGGUCCCCUGUGGGCUCACCUGAUGCUGCUGCUGCUGCGGACUCCGAUGCGUCACCAUCACCGCCUUCUGCCGAGCGCCGCCGCCCGCGCGGCGACAGGCUCGCUAAGCAGUGGGAGUCCGAGUCGAGCGAGAGCUCGGAGGGACACACCGAUCUCGAGACGGACGACACGGAGACGGAUUGGCACUCGGAUGCCGAUGACUGCUGCAGCGUCGACUCCGGGACGGAGGAGGCUCCGCCCUGCGUGGUCGUGCAGCAACAGCUCAGGCGCGGGAGCAACUCAGAAUCGGGCAGCCCGGCCUUCUAUGGCGUCUGGAAGCGGACGAGCUCAGAAGGGUACGAGGAGCUCCUCCUGAGCUCGGGCGUCCCGAAGCGGGCCGUGGCGAUGGCCAUGAAGAAGCACCCGGUGCAUAUCAUCGAUCACGACGGGAGCUACUUCAGAUUGAUCGUCAAGAACGGGCUAUCCAAAGUGGACAACACUUUUUUCAUCGGAGACGAGCCGAAACAGGAUAUAAUCGGCAAACAGAGCUACGAGGUCUCGAUGAACUGGGCGCAUCUUUCCGGACACGGUCACGAAGACGAGCUAGCGCUGACCAGCAUCUGCCACCAGACGGGCGAAGAGGUCAUCGCGAUCCGAUCUCUGCACGAAGGGGGAGACCAGAUGGUGUUGACCCAGAUCGUGCGCCGCCUCGCGGAGGGGUCCGAGGUCCGCGCCAAGCAUUUCUUCAAACGGGUCACGAGCAAAUCGGAGCUUAGGUCCGGUGGCAAGCAGCAGCACAAGCGGCAGAAGGGUCUGUCGUCGACCGUAGUGACUGUGCGAAGGAAAAAGUGAAAAAAGAUUCUAGCCAGACCAAAAAAAUUACCCCCCCCCCCCAAAAAAAAAAANGGGGGGGGGGGGGGGGGGGGGGGGGGGGGGGGGGGGGGGGGGGGGGGGGGGGGGGGGGGGGGGGGGGGGGGGGGGGGGGCGAAGGGGCACGUGUGUCUCUUAUCUCACCAAUGUAUUGGCUCGAUUGGCUCGAUAUGUUUUCUACUUCGCAAGUUUGACCUCAAGGCUGUUUUCUGCGUUGCGGAUGUAAUUUUCUGCGUUGCGGAUGUAAUUGUGCAUGAUUUCCCACCGUCUACGAUAGUUACGAUAGAUGUGUUGUGCACGGUGUGUGGCGACCUGUGAUGCUUAUUUCCCAGUCCCAGUGUAUGCCCCCCUGGCGCGUAUCGUGCGGGGUGCCUUUUUCUUUGCCUUGAGUGCGUCUGUCGUGCCGAUGGUGUCCGUCCGUCGCGUCCAGCUGGGUCAAAAUAUUGUUGCUGUUAUUGUGGUGUGACUCGGUGCUGGGGGCGGGGUGCUGACGGUGCGUGUGUUUCCUCUGGUUUGAGCGAGAUAUAUUGAGACAUCGCAGCAGCAGUUUGUAGCGCUUAAAGAAAUUUCGUGCUUAUGAAUUACCGCAAUGCAGUUCGGCGGUGCCGUCGAACGCGUUGUUAUAGAGGAGGUGUGGGUUCGUAUUUUGGUGACUGUUACCAAGUCGUGAGGUGUAUCACAACGUUUUGCAGUCUUCCGGGCAUGUAGUGUGUCCUGGUCUUCUUUUUUUUCAUGUGUCCCUCUAAUCGGUCCAACAAGUGGUCGUAGGGUAGACUGUCGUUCCAUGGCUGUUUCGGGGUUUACAUCCAGAAGAAAGUUGAACCUUAAGCGCCGCCACUCGUGGUGGUGACGGAAAAACUUCAGUCCAGCUCCGUUGCGCUGUCGAUGGAGGGGUCGGGGGACGUUGUGUGAAUAGUGGAGGUUGGUGGGCCCGACUCGUUUGACUCUUUGUGCAUGACGUCAAACGGGCGUGGCACUCGCCCAGCUGCGGUGCUGCCUCUUUCUCCCAUCUGCAUCAUUUUUGCCGCACAGUUGGUUCAUCAUGGACAGUUUGUGGUGCUUGGCCUUUUGAGACGGGAGAGAGUCGCGGGGUUCUCCAUUUCCGGGUCAAGUGUGGUUUAGGUGAAAAAACUGCUUCUGUUUUUUUGCUGAAAACUUUUGAUCGAAAUUUUCUGAAAUUUUGAAUCUUUGACCUGUUUUGAGCUUGUAGGAUAUUCCCUUGGGAAUUUGGUAUGCUUCCGAUAUGCUGCAUUUUUGGUUUGUCUCGCAUUAUCCGUGACGAUUUUCUGUCUUAUUCUCUUUUCUUUUUCGAAGAUGGCAAUUACCGUUUUACUGUCUCGUGUGUCUCGAUUGUAUGUUGUUGGCUUGAUUUUCGUCGGUUCAUCUGUAAUUUUUGUCUUCUCACCACGAUCGUCGAAAGGCAAGAAAAAUUAUUCGAUUUAUCUCAAGUUUUUGUUUUCAACCAGAGUCGUUUGUUCGUUCCAAACGAUUAUGGCGUGUUCCGUCAGGAGCGUAUGGGUCAUGACCGGCUCCCUUCUCUCCUCUUCAAGAUGGGGGGGUGAUGGCUGGGUUGAGCCACAUCGUCUCUGCAAACCCGUCGCCUCUCGUUUGUAGUCUGUGCAUCUUGUAUGCAUGUGCAUAGUCUGCUCGACGAAUGUUUUCCGUUUUCACCAUGAACAGGGAAGAUAAUUCAGAUGCUAUUUUUCCUUGUCCUGUGGAUCAUGAUUUGAGCUUCCGCAGAGUAGUUUUUUUGCCCCCCUUGGUGAAG